CGCAGUUCGACUGUAUUUUGCUUUUGGUCUUGGCAUGCGGUGAACAAUGUUCAUGAUUUCGUCCUCGUUCUGGAACGAGUGCAUUUUCGAGGCAGCAGGGAAACGCGACGGAACUGGGUAUCGAAUCCAGGUCCUCAGUAGCUUUUGCAUCCCGUUCUCGUUGCGCAUUCAGUAUCGAUCUCCUCGGAGAGGAACGCGAAAAUCAGUCCGAUGCGUACCGGUAAUCAUGACGGAAGGCGCCUUCUUUCGGAGAACAAUAAAAGCCGACUCGAUUGGCUUUUCACUAGGCAACCAGAAUUUCUAUCUCCAUCUUUUGUUGACAUGUUCUCCUUGAAGAGCCUUACCACCCUUGCCUUCGCGUCUUACGCUGUUGCCCUCAUCAGCAUCUCAGGACCAUCCAACGCCGUUGUCGGGGCUGAUAGCAACAUUGCAUGGGCUAGCAACCCCAAUGACCCCGCCACAUUCACACUGUUCUUGCUCAACGCUGACAAUCUUCCGUUUGGCCUCGUUCACAACUAUGAAGAUUUCCAGACUUCCGCUGGCAAGGCUACUAUAUCUUUCCCCAGUACUCUAGACACCAACCUCAAUUACGUCUUUAGGGCUGUUAACUCUUCGUCUGUUGACUUUGUAUACUCUUCUAGUGGUGUCUUCAGGUUGGGACCUGCUAGAGCCUAGAACGAUAUUUUCUUCCUAAAAAGCAACCGGUUUCAGUAGGAUUGGUAGCGAACAUUGGGCUAUAAAGCAUGUACACGAUUUGAAAUAUCGACAACGUUUUGCUGCGGUCGUG